AUGCCAGCCAUCACUGCUGGAUUUUUCCGGAAAGUGGGUAGGAAUUUCAUCGAUUACUGGCGAACAAUUGGAAACGACUAUCGGAUAGUCGCUAAGGAAACAUUUGAGGCAUGUGUGAAGAAACCUGCGAAGGCUGGGAUUUAUGCCACCGGGAUAAGUGGUUUGGUGUACGCAUAUGUCACAAAUCCUUCAGAAGCGAGUAUGUUAGAUGAGUUGUGUGAGUUGCGUCAGACAAUGACAACUCUACCAGCCUCCAUUCAUAAUAAAGAAAGUGAUGCCGAACUUGCAGAGAGGUCCAUACUACUGUCUCAAGACCGUUUACAUUACUAUAACUUAUGGUUUUUCUCGUUACUAGUUCGCUCCGAACAUGACAGUUCAGUGAAGAUAUACGAGUCACAGGACAAGAAUCUCAAAGAUUGGAUCUGGAACGAAUUCUUCAAAAACAUUUACGAUGUCGGAUUUCAAGGAAGGUGGUAUCGACUAAGUCAGAAAUUUAAGGAUUACGAUAUUAAUCAGGAUGAGCUUGCCCAUCUCCCAGAUUAA